UGAUUCGACGCGACCGCGAGCAGACGUACCUUCGUGUCUUAUCCGUCUACCGCGUGCCUCGUGUGAGUGUUGUCCUCAAGUACAACGGGCAGCUAUUCGUUUUGCGAACGAAACCCUCCGUGUGGCACAACAACGCGACGUUCGCAAAACGACACGAGUCGCGAAAUAAGACGGUUGCAAAAUCGAUGGAGAGAGCGGGUCGGAACGGAUCGAGCUGAGGGACAAAGCCGUGGCGUGGAAAUUGCGUGGAAAGACAAAGACAAGCGUAGCGGUUCACGGCUGUCUGGUCGUCCGAAUCGAUUUUUGGGCUCACAAAAAGCAGCUUUAUAACUAUAUUACAAAAAUGACCGAAUAUAUCGAACAAUGUAUCUUUCCUCGAAACCAUUUGCAACGAAAAUCACCAAUAAAGUCUCAUAUAUUUAUCGAAGAAGAUGAAGUUGAUAAUGGAUCCUCGAUGUCUUCAGAUUAUCGAUUUGAAUCCGCUCGUUUGGCCAGCUUUAAAAACUGGCCAUGUUCGUGGACAAAGCCAGAGAAACUCGCGGCGGCUGGAUUUUUUUAUACUGGCGAAAGCGAUAAAGUGAAAUGUUUCGAAUGUAAUAUAGAAAUAUGUCAAUGGCGGGAAGAAGACAAUCCAAUGGUUGAUCAUCAGCGGUGGUCUGGAAAAUGUAGGUUUAUUCGUAAAAUUCCAUGCGGCAAUGUGCCGAUCGGUACGGAUCCUAGCGCAAUUCCGGCGCCUGUACCUAAAGGAGUAGAUGUAUGUGGACCUUAUGGUUCAAUAUACAUGCCUUUUUCCGGUCCAGAUCAUGAUGAAGAUCGAGAAAUUGAACAAAAAAUGAAUUCUACAUUGAAAGAAUUCACUGAAACAUCAAGACCGAAGCAUCCCGAAUACGCUAGUUAUGCUGCUAGAUUAGCGUCGUAUGAUAGAUGGCCUAAAGCAAUGUCACAAACUAAAGAAGAACUAGCAACUGCUGGUUUUUAUUAUACUGGAAGUGGCGAUCAAACAUUAUGUUAUCAUUGCGGUGGAGGAUUAAGGGAUUGGGAGCCAAAUGAUGAUCCUUGGGUGGAGCAUGCCAAAUGGUUCGAAUACUGUCCUUAUUUGCUUUUGACUAAAGGAAUGGAGUUUGUGAGCAACAUUACAGGGAGAACGUAUAUCGGAGCAGAAAACGUAUCAACUGCAGUUGAUAAAUUGAAUGAAAAAUUAGAGAAAGCUGAGAGUACUGCCAGCGGAAGUUCUCAAAAUUCAAUCAGUUCUGAAAUAACUAAUAAUAAUACAGAAGCAAGUGCUGUAGCAGGUGAAGCUAAAAGCGAGGAACAAUCUGUCCAAUCACAGGGUGACAAACCAUGCGACAAGGAUGCAAGAUUAUGUAAAAUUUGCUAUAGUAGAGAAGUACGGAUUGUAUUUAUGCCAUGCGGACAUUUAUUGGCGUGUGCAGAGUGUGCGAAAAAUAUGAAAAUAUGCGGCGUAUGUCGUAAGAAUGUUGAACUUACUGUACAAGUGUACAUCUCAUAGUGUCUUUAUCCUUGUGAUAAAUAAUCGGAUUCUGAUAAAAUUUUCAACUUAUCAUCAUUAUGAAGACUGACAUUUUCAAGCAAAACUAAAUGACAUGACUCAUGUAGCAUACCGAUUAGCAGGUACAAACUAUAUAACGUUGAAGCUCUUGUUAAUGAAAUAUUAACUUUUCACGGUUAUUAUGGUCUCAAUAGAAAGGAUAUUCUGUUGUAAUAUUAACAAGUGAAUG